GCCGCGCCGGCCGGCCCGCACCGUGUUCUCGGCCGGCCAGAUGGCCUCCCUGGAGCGCGAGUACGCCGCCAACCGCUACCUGAGCACGCCACAGCGCCGCCAGCUGAGCCAGCGCCUCCAGCUGGCCGAGGCCACCGUCAAGGUCUGGUUCCAGAACCGGCGCAUGAAGGAGAAGCGCCAGCAGAGCGAGAGCCAGAUGCACUACCUGAGCCAGGUCAUGCAGUCGUACAUGUACCAGCUGCAGUGUGUCGGGGUGGUGCCGCCGCCGCCGCCA